AAACAAACCUACCAGUCAGGAAAGACAAGUCAGAGAACUGUUGAGCCGUGAGUAAAUGAUGACACUUGGAUACAAAAAAUACCACUGAGUUAAAUGAUAACCACAGAAAAGCAUCACUACUUCACACAGCAAGGUUGAAGGCACAAUGCGUAAGUCCGAAUAUUUGAGUUGUGUGUUGUAAAGUAGUUGCUUUUUGGAUAUGUGACGAAGACUGUAGUGGGGAUGGGCGGUGCUUGGGUUGGUCUAAAGUGCAUGUGUGUUUUCAGCAGCUGAACCGAUCAGUCAGCAGCCUGGCUGGCCCAGCUUGAUGAACUCAGACAACAGGGAGAGUUAAGGAGUGGGAUGUAGCGUAUCUAGAGCAAGAGGACAGACACACACACAAACACACUCCUCACUCACGACUCGGAAGCUUACCGGCGUCUAUUGGAUCAUUGUUUCUUUUUUUAAGAAUGCAAGGAAUGGUUUUUUUUUUCUUUAAAAGGAAAUAUCCCACACCUAGUGUGUGUCAGGGAGAUCACAGAAGUGGACCACACGGCUAGAUGGGAAUACGUGAAUUUUUCUGGACGUUAAUCUUGAAUCAAUCGAACCUGACAGCUCACCAAAGGAAAUAUAGGAGGCCUUUCUUUAUUUAAGCUCGACCGAACGGAUGAUAGAACCCUGCCUCUAGGGAAAAACAGAUCACAUUUUCAAGUGUCAACCAAGAAUGCUGCAGCUGCACCCUGCUGUUCCAGUGCUGAUCCCAGAGCCAGUGGAGCCGUCGACUGGCAGGUGAACCGGAGUGACUUGGUGUCCAAGGGCAGUCAGUGAGUGUCCCUCUGGGUGCAACAGUGUGACUCUCUUUGCGGAGCCGCACCGCACCACCACCAGCGCAGGAGGGGGUGUGUGUGGGGGGGGGGGGGCAGGGGGCGACCAUGUCCAACUCCCACCAGCAGAGCCUGGACGAGGAGGCCGUGUUCCUACCUGUCACCGAGGCCUGUCCCGAGUUCCUCCACUGCGAGAGCGAGCGUCUGGCCGUGGAGAGGCUCAUGAGCGUGGGCCCCGCGGCCUUCUAUGCCUGCCUGGGAGCGGAGAAUCUGGGCGGCUUCCUGUCUCAGGAGGAGGUGAACCACAUCAGCGGAUGGGCGCAUGACUACACCGUGAGCCGGACGCAGGCGGCGCCGGAGUCCAGGGGGGGGGGGGAGGAGGAGAAGGAGGGCAACGGUGAGGACGGCGGGAGCUCAGCGGCACGAUGCCUGUCGUCCUGCUACUUCCCCACUCACUCCGACGCCCCCGCCCCCUGUCUGGACCUGGGCUGGCCCGAGAGGAGCAUCUGGCCCGGCCGGGACUGCGUCAAAGUCCUCACCAACCCGCCGGAGGAAGGGCAGCCGUCCAUCAGAGAGAUCGUCAGAAGGCAUCUGCAGCAGGCUAGCCAGGUUAUUGCCAUAGCAACAGAUAGGUUGACGGACAACGUGGUAAUAGGUGACCUCCACAGUGCUGCUUCUCGAGGGGUCCCUGUUUAUAUCAUACUGAAUCAGAGGUCCACGCAGGAGGACUGCACACCCAGCAUGCUUCGGCAUCCGAACAUGCAGGUUCGCGUUCUUGGAGGGAAAACGUUCUGCUCGAGGGAAGGAAGAAUGGUGGUCGGGCAGAUGAAAGACAACUAUAUCUUGGUAGAUCUAGAGACAGUUAUCCACGGCAGCUACAGUCUUACCUGGACAGACGCCCACCUGCACCGGCAUCUGGUCACGCUCCUCAGCGGCCCAGUGGUCGGGUGCUUCGAUCGAGAGUUUCGCAUCCUGUUUGCCGCCUCGCUCCCCGUGCCGGAGGUACGUGCGGCCCCCCUGACCGUGGGCGAUACCACCUAUUACCGAAUGAACGAGUCAUCAGACCUCUGGUACCCCAACCGCCCCCUGCUGGGACCCCUCCUAAGCCCCCCUCCCCCGCCGCCCGAGGGGACCCCUCUGGACUGGGAAGCCCUGGGGGUCUUCCGCCGGAAAAGCUACCCCCAUGACAGUCCCACUGACCCGUCGGUGGAAGCCAGGGAGAGGCCUACACAGAACUUUGCGCCAUUCGAGAAACAGCCACCCGUCGAGGAUGAUUUUUCACGGAACAUAACUAAACGUCUGGAUACAAGAACACAAUUCUCGAUGACAGAUUCAGGUUUCAACUCCAAUACCGCUGAAAUACCACAGAGGAUUGGACCCAAAAUUGAACAGGUCUAUAACAGAAAUCUCGUCCAAGACAGCCAGGAUGUGGAAGACAGGAAAUUGUUUACGAAUGUGGAGCGCAGGAAAGAGACAACCUUAAAGCACGAAAUCAUCAAGUAUUCAACCAAUCAGAGACGAGAUCACACAAGAACCCGGGAAGCCCUUCACGAAGAUGGACAUGUUGACGCGGAUGAGAUGAGCUUCAGAGCUGAGAAGCAGCCAUCUUCUAGAAAACCUUUGAUACUUAGGGUGCCCCAGAAUGACAACUACAGCUCUCUGAGUGACAUCAUGAGGAGGCUGCAGCCUCAGCCGAGCACCUCGGCACAGCAGAAGAGGGGAUCCAAGAUGGCCAUGUCGGAGCUCAGCAGAUCCAUGAUGGACCUCAGCGCAGAACCAACUCAAGAGAGGGGAACAGCAGUGCCGAGGUUACAUGCAAAUUUCUUUGACCCAGGUCGCAUGACACCGGCCAUCGCCUUGAUGAAGAAAAGGAAUGAUGAAGUGAAGGUCGGACUGUAUCGGACACCAAUCUAUCAGCCCACUGCGAGGCCUAGGAGUUCCACUUUUGGAAUGCAAACGGACUGGAGGAGACCGGGUGACAGGGAUGCCGAGAUGAAGAACUAGAUGGCAAAAAGGACCAGAGAGGCAGUGCAAGAAGAAAACUGUUACAGAUUAUGCUAACCAUAGACU